CGCGCUUAGGAGCAGCGGGGCUUGGAGCGUAGCGAGGCGCCAUGUCUGGCCGUGGAAAGAGCGGCGGUAAGGCCCGAGCAAAGGCAAAGUCUCGCUCGUCCCGGGCCGGGCUGCAGUUCCCCGUCGGGCGCGUCCACCGGCUGCUGCGGCGCGGGCACUACGCGGAGCGGGUGGGGGCCGGCGCCCCAGUGUACCUGGCGGCGGUGCUGGAGUACCUGACGGCCGAGAUCCUGGAGCUGGCGGGCAACGCGGCGCGAGACAACAAGAAGACGCGCAUCAUUCCCCGCCACCUGCAGCUGGCGGUGCGCAACGACGAGGAGCUCAACAAGCUGCUGGGCGGCGUCACCAUCGCGCAGGGCGGCGUGCUGCCCAACAUCCAGGCCGUGCUGCUGCCCAAGAAGACCGGCGGUGGCGCGGGCACUACUAAGGCCAGCAAGAAGGGCAGUGGGCAGCAGUCGCAGGAGUACUAGGGCGGCCGGCCCCGACUCCCCGGUCUCACACAAAGGCCCUUUUCAGGGCCACCCCCAUUGCUCACCGGGAGAGCUGCGAUCCGCGGGGGGGGAGGGGAGCGCGUCUAUCCAGCCCUCGUGCUGGGGGCGGUGCCGGACCCCGCCCACUCGGCCGCCGGCGGGCCCGGAGCGCUGGCACCCGCCGCGGGCUGGCGACACGGAGGGACCUGCCCGCUGGAGUCCAGUCGGAAAGGCCGUCAACAGAAAAGCUGCUCCGUAAAGACUUAAACUGGGUGCUUUUAAUUAAUCUGUAUUUGUCGUCUGUUACAUUCGGUGGGCGUUGCAUAGAGAAUAAACGAUGCUUCGUUUCCAAAA